AUGCGCUGUUUUUUGGUGUCCGCAGAGCCGGACGUCUUUGAAAUCGUUCUCCCCAUCACCGUCCUCGUGGUGAGCGAUGAUGAUUUUCUCCAGGAUGACGCCGAGGAGCGAGCGGCCUCGGUUCCCCGGUGGAAGGAGGGGGGAGAGCCGGAGGGCGACUUAAACAAUAGCGGUUUCCUAAAAGGCAGUGUGAUACCUUCAAAUGACGGUGACAGCAUUGGUGAAGAAAACAAGACUGCCACAGAUAAGGAUAAUAGUAUGAAAUGCUUUGAAGAAGAAUGUGUAGCUGAGAGUGUGUGUAACCUGUCAGAAUUAUCUUUAAGUGAUCAGUGUGAUACUGGCACGGAUAAACGUAGUCAAAAUUAUGUGUUGCCUACACCACUUUGCAAAACAGAGCUUACAGAGAUAAAUGAAAGCAGUGACAGAAAAGAACGUGAUGGUGAUGAUGGUUUUCAGAAGAAUCCUCCUCUCUCCUGCACUGGCAAUGAGGGUGAAGAUGAGACCAUUGAGACAAGUGGGCAGCUGACAUUGGCAGCGAUAUCCAAAUGUGAAGAGGAACUUGUCAAUGGUGCAAAUGUUCUUUCUGAUGAGACUCAAAGUGAGCAACCAGAAAUCCACAAGGAGAUGGAGACAAUUGUUGAAACGGAAGAUCCCGAUUCUUCAAAGAAUGGGGACGAUGAAGCUAAUAAUAGAAAGAGAAGUGAAUUUCAAGAUGAAACUAUGAGUUCUCUUUUGGAACAUGGCUUGAAAGAAGAACCAAAAUUUACCUAUAAUUGUUCUGCUCUCAUGGUAAGGCAUAGCUACAUACACACAGCGGCUAAACCAUAUUCCUGUGAGUUCUGCCAGUCAGCAUUCACAAGCAUCGCAGGGUUAAAGAGACACAGAAGAUUACAUGCGGGCAAAGAAACAUGCCAAGGGCAGCAACUCGACUUCUUAAGUGGAAGAAAAAGGACUCGAAGACCUUUAAAGAAUUAUACAUGUGAUGAGUGUAACGUAGUGUUUUACACUAGAGGACUUCUCAGCUUUCAUAAGAAAUUUCAUGAACAGUUUAAAGCUACUGCUAAUGGUUAUAUGAAUCAGAGCGAUGAAUAUCAUAAAAGCAAAGUAUGCAAAGUUGACAGUGAUUCCCAGGACCACGUUUCUCUGUCUCUUUCUGCUAAAGAAAAUGAUUGUCUCAGUGGGGGAGUGCUGGCUUCAGAAUUGGACUGUAAGCGGGCAGGUUAUGUGCGAGACAGUAAGAAAAUGUGCUCUGGAAAGAAGUACCCUGGAAACAGCCAUGGAAGCAACAGCUUACCUGUUAUUAGGAAUAGAUCAGAAGUUCCUCUGAAUUCUGUCGUUUGCAAAGAGGAGCCACUCUUCACCUCCAGGGCCUCUCAUUCACAAGUUCAAGAUGAUGAUGCGUAUCAUAGAUUUGUGGAAAACACAAGGAAUACAUGGCCCUCCAAUUUGUCUACAUCCAAACUGUACAAGUGCCAAUGCUGCAAUUAUGCUACUGCUGUUCAUAGAGACUUCAAGUUGCACUUAAAAAUACAUACAGAUGAAAGACCAUUUGUGUGUAAAGAAUGCAGUAAGACAUUUAAAACAUCAAGCCAUUUGCAGAAGCACAGCCUUGUUCAUGUAAAGAACAGAUAUGAGUUUGGCCAUUGCUUUUAUGUAGAUAGCCAUUUAGAGAAUCUUGAAUUGCAUCAUGAAAUGCAUGUAAGUAUGUAUCCAGAAAGAGAUUUGGGUUCCUCAGAGGGUUCAAACGGUGUCCAUUCCUUGCUUGUUUCAAAUGUCUGUGGAGUACAGCCAGAUGUCCAGAGAGGCAAAGAAAAUGAUUUGCUAGCACAAAGUCAGCCACGAUGCUAUCAGUGUGCAGAGUGCGAGUAUGCUACGUAUAUUUUGAGCAACCUUGAACUACAUGUAAGAACUCACACAGGUGAGAAGCCAUACAGCUGCAGUGUUUGCCAGAAGAAGUUUCCCCACAACGGCAACUUGAAGCCACACUUGAGAAUCCAUACAGGGGAGAAGCCAUUCAAGUGUGAUCAGUGUGCUGUGGCUUUCCGCACAUCAAGCCACCUGAAGCGCCACUUGCAGAUUCAUUUAAAGUUGCGCUGCAGAAGGUGUAAAUUUUCCACGCUAGAUAAAUGUGCUUUCCAAAAGCAUAUGAAGACACACACAAAAAAGUACAAGUGUGGAAAGUGCAAUGUGAUGCUGCCUACAAAAAAACUUCUGGAAAAGCAUAAGCAACAACAUAAGCUUGGAACAUGA